UCAAUUUUCCUCGUCCUUGUUUUUGUCUGGACUGGAAGUUGAUGAUAAUGAGAUCAUGAGUGAUUCUACGAAGUGAAUAUUCGAGGAACGUGUUUCAAUAUCCACAUUUAAUUGUGUAAUGUACUGUGUGAAACGAUUUUCCUAUAGUUAAUAGUCAAUUUGUAAACAUGGAAAAUCAAUCUACUCUCGACAUAAACAUAAGGAACGUAGAUGUUAGGCUUAAUGAUCCUGUAGUUGGAUCCAAUAUAAACGGUGCCUGUGAUAACUCGAUUGAUAAUGAGACCCAAGUUACAUCAUUCAGUGAAAAAAUCGAUAAUAAAUCGUCUGCAAACCUUCCCGAAUUAGCAGACGAUCUUCGUGAAAAGUUACACAUCUGUAAAGAUUCUAGUAAUUGUGGUCUUUUAAAUGGGUGUCACAAAACUUUGCACGAAGAUAUGAAAUUUGUUGACAUAGCUGUGAAUGGUAUAAAUAAAUGUAAUAAAUUUGAAGUGUUCAAUUCUAAUUUAGAAAAACUCAAUCACAGGACGUGUGAGCCGCCCAAACACUGUGUAGAAAUUUCCAGGACCAAUUUCGAGUCUCUUGAAAGCAAUGUCACAACGAUUGAUGAAAAUCCCUCUUGUCCUUCGCUAGAAUUAUCCUCUAAAGUUCAUGAUAGCGCUUUAAAUUCAAUUCGUGAUGUUCAAAUUGAAAAAAUUGAGGCUGUUCCUCCCAUUGGAAGCAUAAAUUUAGAAAUUUCAAACGAUGUAAACAUAACUUAUCAUGGAUAUCAUUCUGAAAGUCAAAUGCCAGAUAUCAUGAGAUUGAUUCAGAAAGACCUUUCAGAACCUUAUUCUAUUUAUACUUAUAGGUAUUUUAUACACAAUUGGCCAAAAUUAUGCUUUUUGGCUCAAUAUGGUGAACAAUGUGUGGGAGCCAUUGUGUGCAAGCUAGACGUACAUAAAAAACAUAGUCGAAGAGGUUACAUUGCAAUGCUAGCAGUCGAUAAAAAAUAUAGAAAAAAGAAAAUUGGAUCAAAUUUAGUACUAAAAGCAAUUCACGCUAUGGUUGAAGACAAUGCUGAUGAGGUUGUUUUAGAAACUGAGAUUACUAACAGACCAGCCCUCAAACUUUAUGAAAAUUUAGGAUUUGUUCGUGACAAAAGACUGUUUAGAUACUAUCUAAACGGAGUUGAUGCCUUGCGGUUAAAGUUGUGGCUCAGAUGAAAACUCUUAUCCUUUUCAUCACUGUCUACUGCUAUGAAUUUGCUUACCUAUCUUUAAAACUGUUCUUUAACGGAAUGUUUAUAGAAAAUAGUGUUAUGCUCACCAUUUGUACCAAAUAAAUCAUUUUAUAGAAA